AUGGUAACGACAUCAGGAGUGGAAGCGAACGGACGUGACAGGGGGGAUGCUGUCGGUGUUGGGGGCUUGCUGCAGGAUGGUGGUAGUGGUUCGAAAAUGGAGGUUGAGGCGGAGCUGAAUGAUGGCGGACGCUUGCCAAAGGAGUACGAGCAUCUUACGUCUGUGGAUAUUGUUCAACAGAAGUCUAUAGUGAAUCGGCUUUCUCCAAGGGUAGCACCUCACUACAAGCCACACAUUGCGAGUUUUGAGGAGUAUAAGAAGUUGUAUGCGGACUCUAUGGACGAUCCGGAGCGGUUUUUUGGUGACCAUGCACGUAAUUUUAUCGAUUGGUUCAGGCCCUUCGAUCAAGUUUUCCUUGCCGGCAAGGACGGGUUGCCGUCGUUUGACAAUAAUGUCUGGUUCAUUAACGGGCAGUUGAAUGCGUGUUACAACAUGGUCGACAGACACGCCAUGAGGGAUCCGGAUAGCGUUGCCAUCAUCUAUGAGGCCGAUGAACCUAACCAGGGUUGUCAGUUGACGUACAAGGAGUUGUUGGAGCAAGUUUGUAAAGUUGCGCAAGUCUUGCAGUAUUCGAUGGGUGUGCGCAAGGGCGAUACAGUGGCUGUUUACAUGCCCAUGAUCCCGCAAGCGUUGAUCACCAUGUUGGCCAUCUCACGUAUCGGCGCAGUGCAUUCUGUCAUCUUUGCAGGCUUCUCGUCCAACUCUUUGAGGGACCGUAUCAAUGAUGCCAACUCUCAGGUUGUUAUUACGACCGAUGAAUCCAAGAGAGGCGGAAAGACUGUUGAAACCAAACGUAUUGUGGACGAUGCUGUCAAAGAGGCGCCUAAUGUCAGGCAUGUCUUGGUUUAUAAGCGUACCAACAGCCCAAUGGUUGCUUACACUAGUGGUAGAGAUUUGGACUGGGAUACAGAAGUUAAAAAAUACAAACCAUAUUGCCCCUGCGAGCCUGUGGAUUCUGAACACCCGUUAUUCUUGUUGUACACCUCCGGCUCCACAGGUGCCCCCAAGGGCGUCCAACACUCCACUGCGGGAUAUUUAUUACAGGCAUACUUGAGUAUGCGUUAUUCUUUUGAUGUUCACAAGGAAGACAUAUUCUUCACGGCCGGUGACAUCGGAUGGAUCACUGGUCACACAUAUGUUAUCUACGGCCCGUUGUUUACUGGGUGCACCACGGUCGUGUUCGAAGGGACCCCUGCUUAUCCGACAUUCUCGAGGUAUUGGCAGAUUGUCGACAAGUAUAAGGUAACCCAGUUUUACGUAGCACCAACAGCCUUGCGGUUUUUGAAACGGGCUGGUGACAGCUACGUCGAAGGGUAUUCAUUAAAGAGUUUGCGUUCAUUAGGGUCUGUUGGGGAGCCAAUUGCUGCUGAGGUUUGGGAAUGGUAUUCGUCCAGUAUUGGUAAAAAUGAAAUCCCAAUAAUAGACACUUAUUGGCAAACGGAAUCCGGCGCGCAUUUGAUUACCCCGUUGGCUGGUGGCUCGACACCGAUGAAACCAGGAGCUGCAGGCUUCCCUUUCUUUGGAAUUGACGCUGUAAUUCUCGACCCCAACACCGGUGAAGAAUUGAUUGGACCUAACGUCGAGGGUAUAUUAGCUGUAAAGCGACCAUGGCCCUCUUUCACAAGGACCAUUUGGAACAACCACGAUAGAUAUUUGGAAACCUAUCUAAAGCCUUACCCAGGUUAUUAUUUCACCGGAGAUGGUGCAGCUCGUGACAAAGAUGGCUUCAUAUGGAUCCUUGGGCGUGUAGACGAUGUCGUAAACGUCUCUGGUCAUCGUCUAUCCACAGCUGAAAUUGAAGCGGCAAUAAUUGAGGAAGGAAUGGUCGCUGAAUGUGCCGUUGUAGGCUUCUCUGACGAUUUAACAGGACAAGCUAUCGCUGCCUUUGUGGUAUUGGAACAGAAAAGCAGCUGGGCUACUGCGAGUGAAAGGGAAUUGCAAGAUAUCAAGAGACACUUGAUAUUGAUAGUCAGAAAGGAUAUCGGUCCAUUUGCAGCCCCAAAAUUAAUAGUCCUUGUAGACGACUUGCCAAAAACUAGAUCUGGGAAAAUCAUGCGACGUAUCUUGAGGAAGAUUUUGGCUGGUGAAGCAGACCAGUUGGGCGAUGUCUCCACCUUAUCUAACCCAGGUAUUGUGAAGCAUUUAAUUGAGUCUAUCAAACUAUGA